GACGCAGCGGCGCGGUCCGCGUGGUGGGGUCCACGCGAGCGGUCGGGCCGGGGCGCUGUGGAGGCUGCUCCGGCCGGCCCCGCGGAGCACGGGAGCAGGAGCAGGAGCAGGAGGAGGAUGGCGGCGGGAGGCGAGGCCGCUGCCCGGCCGUACGGCCUCGUGCGGGCGGGAGCCGCGGCUCCGGGCAGCGGCAGCGGGGCGCAGGCGUGGCCGGACGGCUGCAGCUACAGAGGGGAGGUCGCUUCUGCUCUGAAGGUCGGGCACGGCGAGUUCCGCUGGGCCAACGGCGAGAGAUAUGUGGGACAGUUUUACAAGGACCAUCGCCAUGGCAAAGGGAUUUACUUCUGGCCUGAUGGUUCCAAAUUUAUUGGAGCAUUUUAUCUUAGCCAUAAAGAAGGUUAUGGGACCAUGGAAUUCAAGGAUGGCAGAAAAUAUCAGGGCCUGUACAAGGCUGAUGAGAGAUUUGGACCAGGAGUAGAGACUUAUCCAGAUGACUGUCAAGAUGUUGGCUUGUGGCUCAAGAAUCACAUACUUAAACUGUGCACUGAAGUAGCUGGCUAUUUUUCUGUCCAAGCUUACCCAAAACACUGUGAUUAUUUUGAUGCUGAUUCCCAGAGGGAGUACCUUUCUGAUGAGGAAGUUCCGCAUACAGAUGUGAAUGAGGAGAAGGACCCAUUUUACUAUAGCUACAAAUGUCUCCUUUUAGAUGACAGUUACACGUUGCCUGAAAAUAUAUGCAUCUACUCGACUGACAUGGAUCACCUUCCUUUGACUCACACCUUCCGUAAAGAGUUUGAUUCUGAGGUUUUUCAGAACAACAAACAGAUAUAUGAUGAAGACCCCUGGCUUAUUACAAAUAUAACCCCAUUAAUGAUCAGAAUGCAGAGGCACAUCUACAAAUAUAGGCAUUGUCAGGCAGAGAUCAGCUGGGAUAUUAACUUCAUUCUGAAUGGAAUUCGAGAUCCCUUUGGACCUAAGGGCCCCAAAGAACUUGCUUCAGAGGAGCUGAUUGAGAAAGCAGCAGCAGGAGACUUCGAGACAGUUUAUGCAAUUCUCAGGGAUGACCUUGCUCACCCAGAUGUAGCCGAUAAGCAUGGGUACACUGCACUUGCUGCUGCUGCUGUAAAUUACCACAAUGAUAUCAUCAAUCUUCUUCUCAAUAGUGGAGCUGAUGUGAACAAAUGCAGUGAUGAAGGAUUAUCAGCUUUAUCAAUGUGUUUUAUUCUAUAUUACCCAGUGGAAUCAUUUAAGACUAAUAUUGCUGAAAGGAACAUAAAUAAAUAUAAGGAAGCACAGUCAGUAUCUUCAGAAGCUGCUUCUACACUGGCAAGAGUAUGGGAACAUUCUACAAAACAGAAAUGUUUAAUAGACACCAUUCGCCAGUCAGGCCUCAUAUCUCCAGUAUCCAGGGAAAGGGUGGAGUUUGCUGUUAAUGAUGAGAUAAGAACAUUAGAUGAAACUGAUUAUGCAAGCUUAGAAAAGAGGACCAACUGCAGCAUAGAAACAACCUUUGACUCAAGCCGUAGCGUUCUCAACUAUGGAAUUGAGGUUACUCCAGAGACCUUGCAGCACACUGCAAAAGCUUUCAGCCACAGUUUGCUAAAAACAGCCUCCUAUUCCUGUGGACUCAGUGGAAAUGAAGGCACAAUGAGAAAAAUGGCAUUAUCUAUAUCAGAACACCAAAGACGAUGGGAGACAAUCAAACUGCUGCUUCGCAGAGGUGCAGAUCCCAACACUUGCCGUGUCCCGUUACCAGUUCUCUUCUUUGCUAUUAAAGCUGCAGAUGUAAAUACAGUGAAACUACUCUUAGAAAUGGGAGCAUGGACUGACGUACGACUUCCCUCUAAGCUAGGAGGUUUAAGUCCUCUUCAUAUUGCUGUAGCCAUUCCUGGAGAAGAAGGGGUCAAGAUAACAGAAUUCAUCCUUCACUCGGCUAUAGAUCCUGAUGCAAGGGCAGAAGAUAAAGAUGAUAUGUAUGAACAAGACAGGGGUAAAAGCACUGAAUCAUCUGUUGGUCUUGCCAUGAAAUUUAAUAAUGAAACUGGACCACCUACUGAGUACUAUUCUUAUUCUGGCCUUGUCCCAGAGGAAGGCGGGAGGACUCCAUUGCAUAUUGUCUGUGAGAGAGAGGAUAGCCAAGAGCAUGUCAGGGAGAUUGUCCGUCUCCUUUUAAUUCAUAAGGCAAACCCUAACAUUUUGUGGAGUGGGCAUUCACCACUGUCCUUAGCAAUUGCCAGUGGGAAUGAUUUGGCAGUGAUAGAACUCUUAGCAUAUGGAGCUGACCCUAAUCUGCCAUUGAGCAAAGGCAUAGGAAGUGCCCUUUGUGCAGCUGUCAGCACAACAUAUGAACAGAAGAGAACAGCAGCAAGUCGGAUUUCUUUGAUUGACAGGCUGAUUGAAGCUGGUGCAGAUCUCCUGAUGCCAGUUACUGUUGGUCAAGGGAAGAGGACUGCAGUGGGAACUGUAGUAGACUAUGCCUACUAUACAUACUGUCAGGAUAAAAGGAUAGCACAUACUCCAUAUCAUGCAUUAUUGCCACCAGAAAGGGAGAUUUUCAAUGCACGCAGGUUUCUGCUUGAUUACAUAAGUGAUCACCUUCGAAAACGUGUCCUUGAGAAGGAGAAGCAGUGGGAUAGAGAAGAACUUCAAAAGUCCAAGAAAUUGGAUUCAGGUAUUCGUGUCGCCUUUGCUAAAAGGAAAUGUGGAGACAGGUACCCUUCAGUAACAUCACAGGUGGAGGAAGUGAGGUGUCCCUUUUUUAAAUACUGUUACCAGUGUGGACGGUCUGUAGGGGUCCGACUCAUGCCUUGCAUUCGCUGUUUUGAAAUCUUCACUUGCAGCAAGUCUUGCAAAGUAAAAUCGUGGAAUGAACGUCAUAGGCGAGAGUGCUUAGGAGCUACAGACAGACAGAGUAAGACUAAGUCAGGUAUUUCAAAAGACAACCAGAGUCCGGCUGGCAGAAAAGGAAGAGAAGGGAAAGGUGGAGGAGAAGAAAGAGAGGAGAGAGAUGGAUCAAAGAUGAAAGACAGAAGAGAAGGCGGAGAGAAGAAAGGUGGAAGAAAGGGAAGAGAAAGGAAAGGAGUAAUAGAGGUCUACAAGAAGGGUGACAGGAAACCAAGACUGGGUCAAGAGCAUGAAGAGGCCAGUGCCUGGCCAGAUCUACCUUAUACUGGGAAUUAUAGUUACAAUUAAUCCUACCUGAGAAAAACAAAACAAAAGAAAAAGUGCAUUGAGUAAUUUGAGCUUGCAUUACCUGCCUUUAUCAGUAGUAGGACACUAAUAAUACAAUUAUGAUAAGAUAACUUAGAUAACUGUCUGCAUGUUCUAAGAGUCUUCUCUGGUUUUAUUUACAUACUUAUGUUUGGCUCCUUCUCCAGCCAGGCAUAUAAAUAUACAACUGCAGGCUCAACAUGAGUAACAUUCAUGGUCAGAGUUUGUAAAGAUAUUCAUGCCCCUGGAAUGGCCUGACUAUAUUUCACACAGACUAGGACAGUUGCUCUUUGUCUAGCCUUCAUUUCCACUUAAUGUUAAAUGGUUACUUGGUUAAAAAGUUACACUACUUUACACUGAUGUUGUUAAUCAAUUAACCAAACCUUUGAAAGAUGACUUAUUCUUAAAAAUAUUUUUAAUUGAAACCACUGACAGGGACACACACACACAUCCAUGUCCAGAGAAGGAGAAGUUGAUGUCCUGAAUCAAAGAACAUCUCAAAUGUUCUCACCUGCUACAUUUUAUUCAGUACUGCUGAAGUACAGGACAGUCCUUUUUUAUGGAAGGUGCUGAGGAAAUGCAUCUUGAAAGAAGGUAAGGUGUAAGGUUCAGUCCCCACCUUACUUAAGUCAGUGGGAGUUUUGCUGUUGAGUUUAAUGAGAGCAAGAUUCAGUGAUAAUUGCAGAUGGUGGCCAACCCUUGUUUGUGAGCAGGAAUCAGGCCAUUACUCUUCAAUGUGCCUUUAUGUGGUGCUGUGUACAGGCCGCUUCUGUUGCAUCCAAUGUGUGGAGGUCCAGGUGCUCAGCAAUUCUGAAAAGCAUAUCCUGCCUGUUUUAGGUGCUGAACUAAAUUUGUGCUGUUUACAAAUGUUUUAAAAUAGCUUUCCUCUCUUUAUUACAAAAGACAUACAGAUACAUACAGUUACUAGGCAGUUAUUAUAAAUAGGAUAUUGAAAGGAAAUGACUACUUUGUAUAUGAUCACCCAUAUUUAUAGCUAUGCAUCUGUGUAGAACAGUGUGUGUAGGGUCGGAAUAGCUCUAACUGCAAAAUUGAUACUUAUUAAAUAAAGAAAUAAACUUUGCAGAAAGA